CCAGGCGCGCGUGGUGCACCCUGGGAAUCGUAGUUCGGAGGGGGGGGUGUUGGGGCGGUGCAUGCCGGGAGCUGCUGUCCCUGUUGCGCGGUGCAUGUCGGGAGGAAGCCGUAGUUGCUAGGGAAGAUGGCGGCCCCCCAACAGCAGCCGCAGGCCCCGUCUCAGGCCCCGGCACCCGGGCCGCAGCUCACGCUCCAGGCGGGCCCGGGGCAGCAGCCCCAGCUGCAGGCUCAGGCGGCCGCGCAGGCGCAGGCCCAGGCCCAGGCCCAGGCCGCCGCCGCCGCGCAGGCGCAGGAUUUCGACCCCGUGCAGCGCUACAAGAUGCUGAUCCCGCAGCUGAAGGAGAGUCUGCAGAACCUGAUGAAAAUCGCGGCUCAGAAUCUCGUCCAGAACACGAACAUCGAUAACGGGCAGAACCAUGCACAGCAGCUCGUAAGAUGCAACUCAGGCGAGAAGAAGUUUAUCAUCAAAGCUCAGAGGAUGUUGGAAACACGGAAAAGCAACGAUGGGUUGGUGCAGCGCUUCGACAAGAGCCUGGAGGAGUUCUAUGCCCUGUGCGACCAGCUGGAGCUGUGCCUGCGCCUUGCCUACGAAUGCCUGUCCCAGAGCUUCGACAGCACCAAGCACUCCCCCAACCUGGUGCCGACGGCCACCAAGCCCGAUGCGGUGCAGACCGAGAGCCUGCCCUACACCCAGUACCUGAGCAUGAUCAAAUCCCAGAUCUCCUGCGCCAAGGACAUCCACAACGCCCUGCUGGAGUGCUCCAACAAGAUCACCGGCAAGAUCCCCGCCCAAGGGGGGCCGUAGCCCGCGGCGCCGGCACAGUGGUUGCUCCUGCUCCGCGGCCGGCGUGGUUUGAAAGAGACUUGGAUCGUUUCCAGGCCGACGCUGUGUCAGGCGGUGAAACUCUACAAACUUGCAUCUGACCCACGGCCUGUCUCAUGUCCUCUGAAUUCCCUGCGUGGGUAGAUGGUCUCGUUUGUAUCAAGAGUGAAACGAAUGUCCCUGGUUCGCUUCCUCCUCCCCUCUCAUUCUCCUCUAACUCCCUCUGGUCUUACUCCUUCCCUCCCCGCUCUCCCAUUUCUCAUGUUCUCUCCUUUCCCCCUCACCUUUCUCGCAUCUCCUAGGCCUGAUCCUCAGCUGCCAUCAGGCGUCAGACCUUCGCCGAACUCACUGUUGCGACGCUAGGCUAUGCCGCCCGGUGGCUUGGCACAUGUACAUUCAGAACGCAUUAGCCCGGCUAAAACUGACUCACCCAGCACAGGAUCUACUUGCUGAAGUCUCCCAUGCCAGGGCCUAAGCACCCUCCACUCUCCUUUGACUUCAGGAGGGGUCGAAGAGACCUGAGAUUGUGCUGCUAAUGAAGUGAGGAGGAUCAGACAGAAUCUUUCUCUGCCAUCAAAUUAAAACCCCCCCCCCCCCCCGCCCCAGGCGAAUGGGUUAGAUUGUAGCUUUCCAGGUUGGUGGGUGUAUUAUUUAUUUUUCUUAAACAGUAAUAACCAUUUCAGAGAAAUGCCAUUGAGUUAAAACAAGCCCAGGUGUUCAUUUCCCCCGGCCACCACACUGACUUUACCUCACUGUAACCCUUCUGCCCUUUUCGCUCCUGACCUGCACGGAGCGAGAGGGGAAUCGGACUCCAGCUCAUUUAAAGCUCGUUAAUGAUAACGCCUUUGAUCAUUCAAAACAGAGGGCUGGACUGUGAUUCCAUUCACACCAGCAUAGAGCAGAAGUAAUGAAAAGAAUGAUCUCUGCGUCAGACUGGCAUAAAACCUAAAGGAGAAUUGGAUCCAAAGAGUGAAUUAAAGCAAAACAACUUUGAUUCA